UCUACCGGCUCCAAUCCAAAAGACAAAAGAUUCCUGACUAAAAUUCUUCAAAAAAUAAAAUAAAAUAAUUUAGUCGCAGGAAUUCAGCAAUUAUUACUGCCCACUUUCUCAGUCAGCUUUAAGAAUUUCAAUCCAGGAACUGCAACAGGAAUCCAGCAAUGGGUAACGCUUUAACAUUCUUGUACGGCCGGUGUUGCAGUGCGCCGCCGGAAUCCGGUGGUUCUCUCGGCCACCACGGCGUCACGCCGGCCACCGUCGGCGUCUCCGCCCUCGCUCAAGAUCUCUACAACUUCGAGAUCACCUCCCAGGUUCCUCAAGGGUUAAAGCAGCAUGUGGUAUCAUCCAGGAAGGCUCAAUCCAACUGGUAUAGGAAACUCUCAGAUGCAUGGAGAGAAGCGAGGCCUCCUCCGAAAACUCCAGAAGAGGCUGCAAGGCUCGUCAUUCAGACUCUGAAGAAUCAUCAGACACCAGACGUGGAGGGAUUACUGGCUUUCUAUGGCCUCCCGCUUCCUGCUGCUCUAGUUCAACUCACAUAUGAGGCGCCUCCAUUGUACCCCGAAGGGGUGCAGUUUGAACUGCUUACCUUGCCAGUGGAUCCAAAAGCAGUAGCGGAUGGGGAUACAAUAACUGUGUAUGUAGGCACCACAGAUCCCCGGGAGGCGUCCUGUGUUCCCAGUGAUGUUCAAGUUGCAGCUGUCGAGAGAUCUCAGGCUCGUUCACAUAAGAAUUAUGCUCGAGCAGAUCAGCUGCACCAGCACAUUAUUGAUUCAGGAUAUCGUGUGAUUCGGGUGAAUGGCGAGGAAGUUCUUGCUAGGAAAUAUAGGAUUCGAUUAAGAGGAAUUGAUGCACCAGAAGGUCAGAUGCCAUAUGGCCAAGAAGCCAAGGAAGAGCUAGUUAAGAUUGUUCAAGGAAAGUGCCUAAGGUUGCUGGUUUUCGACGAGGAUCGUUAUGGCCGUGCUGUAGCGGAUGUAUAUUGCAAUGGCAUAUUCGUACAGGAAGUUAUGCUCAAGAAAGGUCUAGCAUGGCAUUACACAGCCUAUGAUAAACGCCCGGAGCUAGCAAAGUGGGAGACACAUGCUAGGGCAAAACGAAUUGGGUUAUGGGCAUCCAAGAAUCCCGAGAUGCCAUGGGAAUGGAGAAGAGAGAGGCGCGAAAAUAAUCGGCAUUAGAGGUCUUGUGUGAGACCGUAUCAUGUCAGACGAAUAAUAUUUGUUGACAAAAAUGUAAUACUUGACGUUGUCUUUCAUAGAAAAAAUAUAUUAUAUUUUUACUAAAAAAUUAUUAUGUGUUUCAGGUGAGAACAAUUUCAUGCAAAUUUGUGUUAGAAGGAUGUGUAUAUGACCACUUGUUUUAGAGUGUAAAGCUUAAAAGAAUAGGCUUACAAGCCAGGCAUGUUGUACAGUAUUUUCUUCAGUUGUUU